CGCCAACCCGCCUCGUCCGAAGCACACCACGGCGAAUUCCAAUAGAGCAGAAGCGUUUCUUUAUGGUUCCGUUGAAAAAUUUCGAAAAAGAUAGACGGCCUAAAUGAACUAGUAAAGCCAUCUUCUACUCUACUUAGUUAGUAUUAAGGAAGCUCGCACAUGUCAAACUCACUGAUCUUUUUUCAAAAACAAUCAAAACUAAUCUUGCCACAGAUAUGCAAACUAAAUGGGUUCCACAGUAGUGUCUUUAUGCCGUGCCAUGCCAUAGGUCAAUUUGAAACCCCUAAUUUGUGGAAGAGGACAAUGCCGCGCCAAAUCCUUCGUUUCUGGAAGAGGAAAAUGUGGAUUCUGCGAAUCUGAACACUGCCACGAGCACUGGUGCGGAGAUGAAGACUCAAGCGACGGACCAACCUGAAAUGGAUGCUUCGAACGCAGAAAAUGUUAAGACUAAUACAGUACAAAUUCGUCAUCUCAUGUACAACUACUCUACCUAAUUCAGUGAGGAAACCGAUUUUCCUCUAGUUGCACUUUUUAGAAUUCACAGGUAGACCUAGGUGACCUAAACGGUAAGCCUUGUAAGUAGGUUGGAAUGAAUUCUCUAGUACUAGUCUCUAGUAAACAUGAACGUCAACCUCUCCUCACCCCUCUUUUCCCCUUUACCCCCUUUUCUGGUCUACUUACCCCUAGAAUGGGUAAAUUACUACUACUACUAUUUGAAUUUGAAGAUCUAUGGGUAUGGAACUAUGAAGAUAAUGUCGAAAGAAUUCUAGCUUCUCUAAAAAGAGUGCGGAGAUGAAUGGCGAUGGUCAGAAGGAAGCAGACGUGGCGGAUGCUGCGAAUGAUCAGCCAGAGGACGUGGCAGAUGGGGGCUAUGAGAAUGAGUACUAUAACCACGACGACGAUGUACAUAUUUUUAACCAAUUUGUCAUGGUCUAAAGUGUCUAUAGGAUGUGGUGGAGGAGGGGGAAGCUUCUACAUAGUGGGGUUGG